CCCUCGCAAUCUAGGUCAAUAAAGUUAUCUCCGUAUUUAAAGUUCUACUUCUGGUUUUGAUCUUCCUUAGAGAUGAUCUCUACUUACCUGUCAGUGCGUUUUUGUUUUUUCUGUGUGAAACCCUAGAUUGGAAAUAAUUUGCAUUUGAAGGUUUCAAUCAUGCUGUUCUAUUCAGUAGCCGUGUUCAUGAUCGCUACUUGUUUUGUGAAAGCCAACAACUAUCCACCAGAGCCCAAAAUCAAGGUAGUGCACAAGGAAGUACCAGUUUAUCACAAAGUAGCCGUACCCAAACCUUAUCCGGUACCCAAAUAUAUUCCGAUCCCCAAAGCGAUUCACGUGCCAAAUUAUGUGCCUGUUCCCUAUCGAGUACCGGUGGUCAAAACGAUCCCGAAGAUAAUCAACGUGCCCAAGGCUAUUCCAGUGCCUAAAAUAAUCGCAGUCCCCAAAGCGGUGCCCAUAGGAGUACCGUUUCCAGUGCUGAAAGCUGAGGCUGUACCCAUCUACAAGCCGGUGCCUGUUCCGAAACCGGUGCCUGUUCCUUAUCCAGUGAAGGUACCCAAAUACAUACCUGUUCCAGUCCACAAAGUGAUCAAAGUUCCCAAGCCGUUCCACUAUCCAGUCAAAGUUCCGGUCUACAAACAGAUUAUUGUGAAGAAGAAGGUCGAAGUUCCAGUUCCUGUUUACAUAAAGAAACCGAGCUAUGGUAACGACAAAGGCAGUUCUUAUGGCGGAGGUGGUAACGACAAGGGUUCACCAUACGAGGGUGGAAACAAUAAAGGCUCACCCUAUGGGGGAGGAGGAGGUGACUGGCAAGGUGGAUAUGGAGGUGGUGGUGGAGGUGGCGAUUACCAAGGAUGGGAGUCCACCUAUGGGAGAGCCCAACAAGCCAGUGCUGCUGGAUACAGUCAAGAUCAACAGGAGGAUCAAGGUGGCCACGGCCAAGAUGGCCAACACGGUGGCUACGGCCAAGGUGGCCAACAAGGUGGUUACAGCCUAGGUGGCUUCAGCCAAGAUGGCCAACAAAGUGGCUACAGCCUAGGUGGCUUCAGCCAAGAUGGCCAACAAGGUGGCUACAGCCUAGGUGGCCAACGAGGUGGUUACAGUCAAGAUGGCCAACAAAGUGGCUACAGCCUAGGUGGCCAACAAGGUGGUUAUAGCCAAGGUGGCCAACAAGGUGGCUACAGCCAAGGUGGUCAACAAGGUAGUUACGGUCAGCAAGGAGAAUAUGGACAAAGCGACGGAGGUUACAGCUACGGUAAAAAUGAGGGUGAUGAGUCAGAGGGUGGUUACGGAGCCGAAUCUCAGCAAUCUCCAUCAGCCUCGUCGUACAGCCAGCAGUCUUCCGGUUACAAUAAUGGCUAUAGUGGUAAUGGCGGAAACAUUGCUUGGCCAAGCAGCUAUAGUGCAUCCUCUACCAGUCACGUGAAUUGGCCGAGCACGUCUACUGGUAAAGUAAGCGGUAGUACCAACAGUGACGCCAACAGAGGUAUUGGAUGGGUAUAAGAGUAAAGAAGAAUUUUUCAUUUUAUUUUGUGUGUCAUAAACUUUGAACAAAUGCGAACUAAAAUAAUAUUGCAGGUUUUCCAUGAUAAUUAGUAUGAGGAAAUGUCGCAAGAGGCCUGUCUAACAAACUCAAUACGGAAGAAAACAUGUGUGCUAUUUUUUGCACCCUUUUUUUUUAUUCCCUGUCUUUUGUGAAUAUCAGCAAUUUUUUAAGACCAAAACAGAAAUCAAAAAUUUUACUAAAACCCAUGUUCGUGGAGCUCUUGAUGAAUUACAGACACAUUUAAUUUUUGAACUUUCCCAAGUAAAUUUUAAAAGACACAGAUAACGGUUAUUUUUCAAUGAAUGAAUCCACCUGAAGGGAAUGUCAAAAUGGUAUACAUUUUGCUAUUAUUGUAGAAGAAAAAAUAUUGUAAAUAUACAUUUUACAGGUCUUUAAAAGAACAACAAAAAUAGUUAAUUUCUACAGGGCUCCAAAUUUCAAAUGUUACUUUUAUUCCUCCUUCCAGUAUAUUAUUUCAAAUUCUACUGUGAAAUGUUUAGCAACUCUAGCAUUUGUUAAUUAAAAGAAAAACUUCUUAAUUAAUGAAAAAAAAGGAAAAUAAUUCAGGGAUGAAGAAUGAGAGAUCCACCCUAGUCACAUUAAAUUAACAUUCCUUUUCGAACAUUCGAACUAACUGCAACAAUAUCUAAUUGGAAAGACUAUUGAGAGAUAUUUUCAAAUCACAUCAAUUUAGCUUUUAUUUAACAAACUAUACUGAUUCGAUUUUCAAAAACUCUUUGUUAAAAAAAGGUCUUUUCAAUCGAAAAAUUAAAAAAAAUAAUUGGAGCUUUGAUACCGUGAUUUCUAAUUAAUUGCAUUAUUUUUUUUUCUUCAAAAAUUGAGUUCAGAUGAAAAAGAAAUUAAAGGACUUGAAAAAGUAUUUACCAAGAGCAAUCAUGAGAAAUAAAGGAUAAAAUUGGUAACUGUCCCUCAUUUUGUAUAUCAAAGAUAAUCUAUUUUGCACUUCGUUCACUAAAAGAGCUUAUUGAUGGCAUGAAAAAUUUCUGCCUGAAAAAUCGACCUUACUUAUUUUAGACAAGCGAAUGAAAUGCAUUUUCUUUUUUGAAAUAUUAAUGUUAUUUCUUCAAAUAUAUUAAGAGAGAAUCGUUAUUCACUUAACAUGUCAUUAGUGUAGUGUGUUAUGUUAUUUUCAUGUUGCCAGGUGCAAUAUUCAUUUAUUUUAUGUUAAUGUUCAACCUUAUCAACUAAACAAAAAAAUAUUAUUGAAUGAAAAACACUUUAGAGCGCGUUGUUUGAAACUUUGAGAAUAACCCUAGUGUAAUGGAACACUAUAAAUUUAAUCUUAGGGAAAAAAAGGGGGAAUCUGUAAAUGAGGCUUCUCUUAAGUGAAUUUGAGCAGCUUUGAAUUUAGCAUAAUUGGACAUCUUUUAAGUAAAUAAACUGUUCAACCAAAACAAUUUAAUAAAUUAUUCGUGGAUAUAAAUAGAACACAUACGAUAAUGUGCCUCAGUCGUUUAAGCGUCUGUUUCUGAAA